AUGCCUCCUCACGACAAGCAGUGUUUCUUUGAGUCUCUAAAGAGAGGUGACAGACUCGACCUAUCCUAUCAAGUAGCUGAGGGAGGCAAUCUGGAUAUCGAUUUUUGGAUCAUAACAGAAGACAACCGUCUAGUCUUCAACGCAAACAAGGAAGCAACUGCCACUUAUGGAUUCAAUGCCGAACGAGACGGACGAUUCGAAUACUGCUUCAGCAAUCAAAUGACUUCGGUUGCUGAUAAACUCGUCUCAUUCACCGUGCAAGGCCCUGAUGAGCAAAUCAGAUUGCAGCAAAAAAUGGGGCAGACUGAAGAGGUCGCAGAACCACUACAAAAAGAAAUCGAACACUUGGCUAACGGACUACGAGCUGUACGUGAUGAACAAUCGUACAUGGUCGCUCGUGAACGUGCUCAUCGAUACACUGCAGAGAGCACAAACUCUCGAGUCAUGUGGUGGUCUCUGUUUGAAUCCAUCAUGCUGAUUGGAGUUUGCUUAUGGCAGUAG